UGGUGGGAGUAUUUGCUUUUGAAUACUAGGAAUUCUAAAUGCUCCCGUGUCCUAGUGUUUUGAUAACGAAUGUUAAACCCAAGUCUCAAGUCUGGGGUGUACAGUGUACUAUUGGUUUGAUGAAAAUGGAAAAUAGAGGCAAUUACUCGUGCAAAACUGCAGCUGAAACCCUUGAAUGGAUUAAAGCCAUUGUUGACUUCCUCAAACCUUACAAUUUCUUCUUCCAUUCUAAUGUCGUCAAUUUUCUCAAGGAUCGACUUUGGGAAUUUGUCGACCAAGAUUGGAUUCAUUGCUUGAAGUAUGAGCCUGUUCAACAUCUCCUUCAAAUUCCUUCUGGAAUUGUUCAGGACCACUGGCCUGCUUCGCUUAAGGACUAUGUACUCACAGCUAGAUCACUCUCAUUUCCACGGGAACAAGCAGAUCUUGAUAAGGUAAUCUCUGGCAUGAGUGUAAUCUCAUUGAAUAAUGUCCUUUCACAAGGCAUGAAUCCGAAGAAAAAGCAUGAAGUUGAAGUUUUGUCUUCGAUUGUAAACGCUAUAAGUAGAUAUAUAGGAGCUCAUACGGUGAUUGAUGUUGGUGCUGGUCAGGGCUACCUUAGCUUGAUACUUGCUUUUGAGUAUCAACUACCUGUUGUUGCCAUUGAUGCUACUUCUCAUCAUGGUGAUGUUACAAACAUACGUGCAGAAAGAAUCAAGAAACAUUAUGCAGCCAAGCAUCGUAACUCUGGGUUAGCAAGGAGCCCCCCAAAUAUGCCUACAACUAUUACAUGUCAUGUCAUGUCCUCUUCCAUGUUAAGAGACCUUGGUAAUUACUACUGCGAGCGAAAUGGGUUUGAUAAAGAAAAUCAAAAUGGAACAGGCUCCAACGAUAAUUUUCAUGCAAAAUUUGAAGUCUCAGAUCCACAAUUUGAAUCUUCACUAGUUCUUGCUGGUCUUCAUGCUUGCGGUGAUUUAUCAGUGACUAUGUUAAGGGCAUUUGCAAAAUACAAGGAAGUAAAGGCAGUUGUUAGCAUUGGUUGCUGUUACAACUUACUCUCUGAAAAUGGAUGUGAAAAUGUUGAUUCCAAUUGCGGUUUUCCUGUGAGCAAGGAGGUCGAAAUCAUGGGUGUUUCACUUGGUAAAAACGCACGUGAUCUUGCUUGUCAGAGUGCCGAACGAUGGCAAGCUCUAGAGACAGAUGCUGGCAUUCAAAAUUUUGAUUUGCAUGGGUUUCGUGCUGCCUUUCAGAUGGUCCUUAGUCGAUACUAUCCAGAGAUUCUUUUGAUGAAUCCCUCAAUUGGACGUCAAGGGAAAGUGUUGCGUCGCCAACAAAAGAAAAGUGGUUUUCAAUCUUCAAACUCUAAAGAAAACGUGGUAUCCAAAACAAUUGUGGAAAUACAUUCUUCAAGUGAUGGAAAUCAUUGCAGUCCUGAUGACAGAAAUGAGAAUAUGGCCGACAAUUAUAUGCUCUUUCAGAAAUUUAGCGACUCAGGUCUCUGCCAUCUUGGUCUAGACCCUCUGCAGCAUAUGGACUUGCAUGGACUUUGGACCGAAUGUCAGCCUUAUUUCGGGCUUAUUGGUCCAUACUGGUCUCUACGAGCUGCUCUAGGACCAGUUUUGGAAACUCUGCUACUACUGGAUAGAUUGCUAUUCCUACAGCAACAAGAUAGCGUGGAAGUUGUUAUGUUGCCUAUUUUUGAUCCUGUAGUGUCACCAAGGAAUUUGGCAAUAAUUGCGAUGAAGAAGUUAACGUAGGACAAAUAGUAUAAAAUCAUAGACACUCAUCGCCCACUGGUGUGCCACGCCCAUCCCUUGCUUACUUGGACAGGGCAUAUAUUAUGAAGGAAAUUGGAGCACCUAUGCUUAGGUCUUUGCUUCUCUUUGCCAGACCAAGAUUAAAGAAAUGAUCAUAUCAAAAGUCAAUUUGUUCAUUUUUUUUUAUGUUUAACAUCAAUUUGUUUGUAAAUCUUCAAUACUGAAAUGACAAUGGCAAUGUAUGCUUUUUGUUUUAGUUAAAUUUUCUUUGGUUGGUUAUGUUAAUUAAGUCUUCAUUGCAAUAAAUAAAAAAGUUUUGGUGAGUGG